AUGGUCGGAUUAGUUGCGCACCUGCUGCCAGCCCCCUCAGGCAUUUUCGUAUACACGGAGUUUUCGACUGUGGAGUCCGGGGGCUGGUUGGGUUACGAUGACCUGGAAGCAGUUGAGGCAAUUGAAGAGAUGGAGCACGCAGUGGCAGAUGUCGGUUGGUACGUGCGGCGAUGCGGGCUUGUUCUGAUACGGCUCACUCCCGUGCUCGGUCGGGGCUAUGACUGA